AUGACUGACAUGACCCAUCACACAAAUGAAUGCCCCCAGCGGGACUUGAACCCGCGACCGCUGGCACAGCAAAGAGGAGCGCGCGCGGCCUGCACGCGACGCGGCCACCACCCGGCGCGCCCUCUAGACACCACAUUGUACCAUUAUACGGUCGGACAUGAAAAAUCUCGCUUAUUUGCUGGCUGUCCCUAUCAGCGAGUACGUGGUGACUUUCAUCUCUCUAGUAGCCGCGGCCACACUGCUCUCGUGGACGACAGAGGGGCGCUCCGCCCG